AUGUUGACAUACAUGGACUAUUUACAGAACGCCUUCUACCGGGCAACCUCCUGGGAUCCCGAUAAUUCAUAUGUAAAUCUCACCGCAACAGCUCGAGCACUCCUCGACUUCCCCACCCCCCGCGGUCUAAAGAUGGACCUCUCCUCCCUCUCAACACCCAAAUUCGGCACAAGUUACUCGCUCAGCAACCUCGGCGUCGUGGACGGCAGCGUCUCGUACUUAUACUCUAGCCUCCCACUGCAUAACGUACAUCGCAGCGAGGAAGUAGACCUGCACGACGUGACCAUGGGAUACAGACAGCUCGAAGAGUUGCGGUCGCCAGACAAUGAACGGUUUUGGGAGGUUUGGAAGGGGGGUGUUAGGGUUGAUGGAAGAAAUACGUUAUUAUUCGGCAGGAUGUAUUUGCCGGCUAGUACGCUUGAGGCAUUAUACCUCAGGAGGAUGAAACCUACGACGCAAUUUCGGAUCACGGGGGUUAGUGAUGGGAGGUUGAAGUCUGGAGGGACUAUAAUGGCCAUGAUGCAACACGACUUCGGUAAAUGGUCCGGGGAGUACUUAUACAGCACUGAUGGUGCCUUAAUCGGCGCUCGGGGGCUGUACAACUUUGGCCGGGAUCCUAGAAAACAGCCAAAUCCCCCACCACGAACCUCCGAUGAGAAAGCUGUUGGGAGGUUCAGCAUGGGCGCAGAAUUCUACUAUGGGAUACUUAACAAGUCUGCCGGGAUGUCCACAGGCCUUCGCUACACCACCCUCCCAACGCACCCUAACGCACCGACGACUAUGACACUAACAUUGACACCACUGAUGGGCUCGCUUUCAGCAACCUAUGCCAUAAAAGCCGGCGAAGCGGCCUCCUUCUGUAGUCGCUUCGACUUUAACAUGUACAGCUACGAGUCGGACCUCUCGCUCGGCUGCGAGGUCUGGCGCAGGGAGGAUGUGGAGAAGGAGGACUUUGCCGGCGUUUUGAAAGCGAGGGUUUCACAGACUAGCGGUAUCGGGCUGUUGUGGGAGGGGAGGUUGAAACAUUUGCUUUUCAGCUUGGGGGCCGGCAUUGACCUGCGGAGAAAGGAUCAACUGGUUAGAGCUGUGGGAUUGGAGCUACAGUACUCUUCGUAAUGUUGGAAGGGUGCCAUAUGCCGGGAAAAGGGAAAAAUGAAGGGUUACUGGGUUAGUUCAAAAAUGUGGGUGUCAAUUGCCGCUUUUUACCUCGCUCUUUGGUGCACUGUUGGAACCAAGGCUAGCAAUCAUGUAAUAUCACUCGAUUAUUUUCGCCCAGCGAAAAACUAAAAAAGAUCAUAAACCAUGUACUCCCGAGACUAAAAAGUUAAAGGAUAUAAACAUCACAUCUACAAGACCCCUUCUGCUAUCUUCCA